AUGGUAUUUUCGAGGUCUGGGCGAUCCAUUUUCCCGCUGCUCCCACCAUAUGGCGCGCACGAUCCAAAUGGCGGCCUUGGACGUGCCGUACCGCUGCACCCCGAUGGAAUUACACCAUAUAUAGGACUGCGAGCUCGUUUAUCACAGGUGUGGCUCAACCGUUGGACGAUCUUGCUACUUCUUGUCCUAGCCCGAGUUUUGAUAGCGGCGACUGGAAUGCAGUCGGACAUGGACGUAGCGAAGCGCGAAGCCCAGUCUGCCUGCACAUCAGUUGAGACAAUGGGAAGUUCGAUGGCUUCAAUGCCCCAUUAUCUUUCUCGGGGGGUGAAUGAGCUUACAGCCUCUGGUGUUGAAGCAGCGGUUAACGGCCUCAUAUCCAUGCUGUUGCUCACGAUCACUGGAGUCGAAGCGCUUAUAAUCUUUUUCAUCAAAGUGAUGUACCAAACAUACCUUUGCUUAUUCACGAUGGUUGUCAGAGGUAGCACUCAAGCUGCGCUCGGCGUGAUACAAGAUACCACCGAUUUCUUGAACAAAACAGUCCAAACAGUUGGUGAAGACAUUGGCAAAGCAGUCGAAACUUUUGAAUCUGGCCUUAACAAAUUCUUGAGCGGAAUUAACAAAGUUGCGAGCGCUUUCGGUGGAGAAGUGCCGAAGCUUGACAUCUCAAAGAGCGUCGACGAGUUGAAGGACAUCCACCUCCCAGGAUCAAUCAACGAUACUAUCAAUAAGAUCAACAGCUCCAUUCCAACGUUUGAUGAAGUUGACAAAUUUGUCACAGACGUUUUGAAGUUCCCCUUUGAGGAAGUCAAGAGUCUUAUUAAUGGGUCAUUGGGCAAUUACACCUUCGACCGCUCAGUGUUACCUGUUCCUGCGAAGGAACAGCUGACCUUCUGUGAUGAAAACAACGGGAUCAAUACAUUCUUCAGGAAGGUCGCCGAAACCAUCGUAGCUGCUCGCAAGAUCUUCCUCGCUGUUUUGAUCAUCGCUGCAACUCUUGUCUGUGUCCCGGUAGCCUGGCAGGAGAUACGUCGUUGGCGUACCAUGAAGGAACGCUCUCAGAUCGUGAGAAAGGAUGCGCAUGAUCCGAUGGAUGUUGUAUACAUUGUUUCCCGCCCUCACACAGCAGGUGCAGGCAUCAAAGCAGCAAGCAGGUUCAGCAAUAGCCGCAGACAGAUAUUGGUGCGGUGGGUCAUUGCGUACGCAACAUCACCGGCUGCUCUAUUCGUCCUGUGCCUCGCCCUUGCCGGACUUUUCGCUUGCCUUUGCCAGUACUUGCUGCUAAAGGCGGUUGAGAGGACAGUACCGGAACUAACUGGCGAAGUCGGUGAGUUUGCCGAGAAAGUGGUCACUUCUUUACAAAACACAUCUGCCAAGUGGGCGAACGACACCAACAAAGUCAUCGAUGGCAUGAGCAAUGACAUCAACAAGAACGUCCUCGGCUGGGUAAACACCAGCACAACAGCCGUAAACGAUACCUUGAACGCCUUCGUCGACAAGACAACUGGAGUCCUCAAUGACACGUUCGGAGGCACCAUCCUGUAUAGCCCACUGCAGGACGUCUUCAAUUGUCUGAUCGGUCUCAAGGUGGCAUCUGUCCAAAAAGGCCUUACCUGGGUCCAUGAACAUGCCCACGUUGACUUCCCACGUGUACCCAACGAUGUUCUUUCCAAGGGUGCUGACAGCAGCAUCAACAACAGCACAAGCGCAUCCGACAGUUUCCUCGCCAACCCAGGCGACAAGACGUCCGACAAGAUCACCGAAGUUGUCAUGCGGGUCCUCAACAAGAUCAAAGAAGGCAUCCGAACAGAAACCAUCAUAUCGGCUUGCGUACUGGGCAUAUGGUUCAUCAAUUUUCUUUUUGGCCUUAUCCGCGCCCUGAUCCUUUUCUGGGGCCGGGAUAAGAACCGCGGCGAAGGUGGUGGUGCUCCCAUGAACAAUAAUCCAGAUGUUAAUGGCUUCACCGAAGUCCCAUUGACUGCUAUGCCCAAUGCAAACGCCGCCUCGCAACCUGCUCCUCGGUAUGAGGUCGCCCUGAAAACCCCGCCCGUCGUCGGUCAUUUCCAUGAAGAUGAGAAGAUGGGAUACGCUGGUCAAAGAGCGCUUAAGGUUGAUGGGACUUCUGAUCUGCGUGGAAGUAGCUAUAUUGAGUAUGGGAUCGAGAAACGUUGA